ACGCGAGCGCGUACACGCACGCGCAGAUAAACACGUGCGCGCGCACGGGCACAUGUGUAUUCACCAUCGUAGGCGAUUGCGUGCUAAUGCAUGUGUGGUGGUCAAGGUUGACACCAAGGUUGACACAGGUCACACAGGUCACACAAGCUAGGGGAGAGGUACGUACCGGUCUGGAUCGGCCCGGAUUGACAGGGACGAGAGGUGGUUGGAACGGCUCUGAGGGGAGGGGGCUGGCGAGAGCCAGGGCCCGAGACACCCCCGCCCCUCAGAGAGAGGGGAUAUAUAAGACGGCUCCCGGAGAGCGGAGGGGUCGAUCGGAGGAGAAGCUGAAGGAGGAGAGCCGGAGAUCCUGGACCCCCAAGCCUCAAGGAUGCCGCCCCGCUGGAACUGAGUGGGCUGAGUAGCUGUAGGCUAGGGAAGAGAGUAGCUGAGUAGCUGUAGGCUAGGGAAGAGAGUAACAGAGUAGCUGGAGGCUAGGGAAGGAGAGAAAUGAGAAUAGAGCCGGAGGCUGUACCUCCCUAGGUUGUGUGUGUGGGACUGUUUCCCCAGUGAGUCCUGAGGACUAGUGUUAUCGGAAUAAAAGCGUGUGGCCUCUACGAAGUGUCGGUCUCAUUCAAGAAUACUACAAUUGGUGUUAGAAGCGGCCAAAGAACCUCGCCGACAUGGAGACAAGACAGAAAACGCUCACCAGGGGCCAGGAGAAGGAUGUCGAGGGAGACGCUGAGCCGGAGGCGGGAGCGCCAUUUCCGGGGGACGGGUCUGCGGGGGCGGGCUCGGGUUCUCCGGGGCCCUCCAGGAGUCCGCCGACGUCGGGAUGGGCGAUCUAGUCAGCCCAUGCCCGGCUGGCCGAUCUCCUCCAUGCCGCUGCCUCCAUCCUCGACGAGCUCACGCUGGGGGGAGCGGGAGCGCCGGGUGGAGUACCAGGCCGGAGGAUGGGACGGGUUCCCGCCGAGAAACGCGCCAUUCCCGCGCAAAACUUUGACGUCACCUCCGGAGGGGGAGACGUCACUUCCGCCGGGGAUGCGGCCGCCGGGGAUGACGUCACUUCCGCCGGGGGGGUCACCGCUUCCGGGGGACAUGACGUCAACCGCCCAGGAGGUCAGGGGGCAGAGGUGGCCCGCGUCACAUCCGCCAUCUGCGGCCUUACAUCGGGAGAAGCAGAGUUUUCGGGUAGGUGCCCGCCGAUUCCGUCUGAUAUUCUGCCGCCGGAAAAUGCUUCAUAUACUGCACUUGGGACGCUGCUGUCUUCGAGGGGGGACUACAUCCCGGCGCUACAACAGCGCUUGCCUUCGCUUCAGGUUUUCACGGCAAAGGGGGGGGACUGGGCUGCUUUUUCACGCCGUUUCGUGGCAAAUGCCGAGACGGCUGGGUGGUCUGCUGACAUCGCUCUCCGAGCCCUGCCUUCCGCCUUGGACGACGUGGCCUUGGCCACGUUCCUCCUUAUUCCACGGAGGCAACGCUCCACUUUGCAGGAGGCCCUCGAUCGGAUGGCCUUAGUGUAUGGACCUCCAUCCGAAACUAGACAUCGUUUCGCCAGUCGGAGGAGGGAGGCGGACGAGACACCUCUUGCCUAUCAGAGUGCACUGAUGGCGUUGGCUCAAGCAGCCUACCCUCGAAUGGACGAUGUGGGCCUGGACUCCAUCGUGCUGGAGAAGUUGCUGCUGCUGGCUCGGGAACUGAGGAUUGCCAUCCACGUCAAAGAUGAAGCUAACCUUUCCUCGUUGGGGGCGGCACAUUACCUGCACACAGAGUUGCUCCUCCAGCGGGAUGGGCAGGUGGCUGCGUGCGCCGCUGCAAGAGUGGACGAGGUCCGGGAUGCCCAGGCCUUCGCGUCACAGCGGGCCGCCAGUUGGAAGGGGGCCGACCGGCCUCGCCAAGGGGAAAACCGGGGGAGACACGGAUCCCCGCGGGCGUGGGCUGGCGUCACGUGCUAUAACUGUGGCCAGCUGGGUCACCUGGCAUCGGGUUGCCCAGCACCCCGGCGCCGGGCUUCGGGUCAUCCACCAUCGUCCGCCCGUCCGCCGGCCGCUCCACAAGACCCCCAGGUGUGAGUCCACCUAGGGUGGUCUCGCCAGAGGAGCGGGAAGCGAGCCGGCCGCCUGUCCAGCAGGAAGACGGCUCGCGGGCUGUGUCCCCGGGGCCUCGAAAUGUGCCGGACGCCCGUCAUCUGGCCCCUCCUGACCCUCCGCAAGGAACGCUGGCUUCUGGCGAUGGACCCGCCACACGGACUCGUUCGAAGGGUCUCAGGUUCUCCUGAGACCUGUCGCAGACACACUGCCUCCUCACGGGGCCUGGGUGUUCGAGUCACCUUGUUCGUUGGUGUGGUGUGUCCGGGGUGUUCUUGUGUACAGGGGGGUUGGGGUAAAUUAUCGGGGAUAGUUGUGUUGUUGUUGUUCUGUUGUUGUUAUUGUUGUGUUGAGGCUCACGCAUUGUCAUUGUCGUGUUCAGAAUUCCUGGUUCGCGAGUUAGGGUUGGGAUGUGGAUAGUGAUGCAGCCGGGACGGCUGCGUGCUGUAUAGGGGGGGGGGUGAUGUGGUGGUCAAGGUUGACACCAAGGUUGACACAGGUCACACAGGUCACACAAGCUAGGGGAGAGGUACGUACUGGUCUGGAUCGGCCCGGAUUGACAGGGACGAGAGGUGGUUGGAACGGCUCUGAGGGGAGGGGGCUGGCGAGAGCCAGGGCCCGAGACACCCCCGCCCCUCAGAGAGAGGGGAUAUAUAAGACGGCUCCCGGAGAGCGGAGGGGUCGAUCGGAGGAGAAGCUGAAGGAGGAGAGCCGGAGAUCCUGGACCCCCAAGCCUCAAGGAUGCCGCCCCGCUGGAACUGAGUGGGCUGAGUAGCUGUAGGCUAGGGAAGAGAGUAGCUGAGUAGCUGUAGGCUAGGGAAGAGAGUAACAGAGUAGCUGGAGGCUAGGGAAGGAGAGAAAUGAGAAUAGAGCCGGAGGCUGUACCUCCCUAGGUUGUGUGUGUGGGACUGUUUCCCCAGUGAGUCCUGAGGACUAGUGUUAUCGGAAUAAAAGCGUGUGGCCUCUACGAAGUGUCGGUCUCAUUCAGGGAAUACUACACAUGCGCAUCUGUACCUAUCCGUACACGUGUGUGCGUACACGAGUGUUUGUGUACACGUGCGUACACGUGUAUACACGUGCGUGUUGCGCGCGUGCACCU